AUUCAAUCCUUGAGUUCACUCGUAAAUACUAACCUAUAUGAAAUGGUUGACAUGUGGUCUUUAAUAAACGAGUUCGACCAUUCAAACAUUGAUAUGGCAUUCAAAGCCAAAGUUGUUCGUGUUUAUGUUAUCCCUUCCCAAGGGAGUCACGGUGAAUCCUUGGAGUGCAUUUUCCAUGACUCCAAGGUCCAGUCAUGAUGAUGAUGAUGAUGCACUAGCCUUAGCUACUUUCAUUACUCCUACUUUUCAAUAUGACCUAACAACCGAAAAAGUCCACUUGGUUUCAAUUGAUGAUCUAAUGAAAAUGGAAGAGGAUGGAAAGCACUGGGUCUACAGAGAGAUUUUGGCAAAAGACAGUUACAUGGACUGGUACUAUAUACUAUUGUAUCUUGUAAGGGAUGUAGUAGAAAGGUUUCACCUGAAGGUAACAAUUUCAGGUAUGGUGUGUGCAACACAACAUAAGUAGUUCUAAAGUGAGAACAUUUCCCUUGUGAGUUUUUUAAACUAACAGUCACAAAACAUAUACUUCGUACUAAAAUUUUGAAAUAUUUCAGGUACAAAGUUAAUGUCAGGGUGACGCUCAUGCUUAUUUUGUGUUUUGGGAAAAAGAAUGUGUUUUAGUGGGAAACCCGCAACUAAUAUUCAUGAACAUAUUCAAAAGGUUUUAUGAAAGAUGCAUUUCAAUAUUUAAUGCUUAUAUCUAAUACAUCUGCAAAAAUUAAUAUAUUUAAGAUUGGUGAAAUAUAUAGAAAAGUGUUAGACCUUACCAUUUUCCGGUCAAGAUUGAUGGUUUGGUUGAGACUAAGGAGUUGUUUCGAGUUCAAACAAAGAGAGAAAGUAAAAACUAUAAGGGUGUUUCUACAUUUAGUGUAAUUGGAAUGAAUUGUGAUUCAACUGUUCUCUUUUUAUACAAGUAUAAAGGAAAAGCAGUUGGGGAAUAAGAUGAUUUCACACUACUUAAAAGGGAGUUUUCUACGCCUGAAGAAGUCAUCAUACAUAAUGAGGAAGCGGCAAGUUUGCUACUGUCAAAAGAAAAAGGGAAGCAGUUGUGAUGAACUAUGAUGGCAUCAAGAGAAAGUUGUUUGUUGAGCCCCCACUUGUCCAGCCAGUAAAGAAGCUGAAGAAAGUCUAGUUGGUGCAUUAGCAUCUAAAAAACAUCUUUUGCAGCCUGGAAUAUCUUAGGGAUAAGAUAAAGUUAUGUUACAAACUUUUGAUGUGGGUUAUUUUGCUAUGUAAUUUAUUUUGAUCCUAUGUUUUAAGUUAUGGCAUUUAUUUUUUAUGGAAUUUGUUGCCAAGUGUAAUGUAACAUAUUCUUAAUGUAAUGGUAUGUAAUUUAUGUUCUAA